AGGAUGACAGUGUGUGCAGUAUGGGUGGUGUAGGUGGACUGCCGCACCUUCCACAGUCGUCCUCCCAGGUAGCGUCUUACCUUCACCAGAGCAGACUGUUCCCGCCCCUCCUGGAGAACUCACGCUGGACUCGGGUGACUCCGUUUCAUGAUCAGAUACAACACAGGACACAGAGCGAGAGUAUCGCCAACAACUACAGCCCACAGGCACGACACCUGAGGAUCACACACCUGCAGCACCCACACUCAUAUCUCUUCAGAUAUUCUGCUUCAUCACAGAAGAGUGUGAGACUCACUCACAGACCACACAGGAAGGCAGUGACUCCAGUAAGUCCUCCUUUAACCCCUGAACAGCAGCUGGUCAUCAUGCAGGAGCUGGAGAACAGGAACUCGACAGAACCCACUCCCACUGAGUUAGAGAGGUAUAUGUACUACAUCAGUAACGGGCUACAGGAGGACACGGUCGCCCCUCAGCCUUUUCACCACAUCAUCAACAUCCUUAAGCUCCUUCCUUCAUGUUUCCAUGGCAACCGGAUGCUGCAAAACCUUUUGGAGGAAGUGAAGAGUGGUUUUAAUUUCAGUGUCCGCAAAAGCAUCGUGGAUUACAUCCUGAUGGACGAGCAGCAGAGGAAGAGGCUGUCCAUCUCCAGCAUUCCUGUCCCGUUUCCUCAGCGUGUGAUCCGUGCUCCGGUUCCCUGGUCUCUCUCUUACAGACACACUCACAGCUGGUGCACACAGCACCUGUUCACUGUCAAUCCCAUCAUGCACCAGCUACAGGAACUCUGGAUCAACAAUUUCUCAGAUCUGCGUUUUGUGUGUUCGGAGGAUUUUCACUCUGAGAAUCUGCCGCUGCUGCCCUCAGAGUUCCAGCAGUUCAUACAGACGCAGUGUCAGACCAUCAGGGACCUGCUCAUCAACACGUGGUUGCCACAGUGUGCGUCACUCUUUUUUACCUAUAAGGAUGUGUGGCUGCCCCUGGUGCCACAGAGGGAUGACGUUGUCCCGGUACAGGCGCAGAAGUUUUUCUCCUGUGUAGCCGCACUGAUGUCACUACAACUUCGCAGCCUGGUGAUCGCAUCACUGCAGGACCUGCUGCACUUCCUGUCACUGCACCAGGAUGGUACUGAUUUCAGGGAGUGUUAUGAUGAGCUGUAUUACACACAGUGUCCACUCCUGUUGGUCAAGCUGAGGGUGGAAGAGUCGAGCGUCACGUUUCAGCCUCCGCUGCCUCAGUGCUGGGAUCUCAUCAAAACAUCAUUCAUCCACAUCAUCACCAGCGCUGACCACUUACCCCGGGUGGAGUGUUACCUGUUCCCUGAGCUCCAGAAGAGGGAUUUAACUCUGCGCUCGGUCAGACAGGACGAGUCGCUCGUCACAGACCUGCUUAAUCGAGCCAGAGUGAUCUAUCAGAGGAACACUGUGGCCCCACACAGAUACUUGGACAUGUAUAAUAAAUACAGCAGUCUGCUGGAUCAGUCAGCCAGACAGGAUAUUCUCUCAUUCCUCCAGGAGAAACACUCCCUACAGGGCUUUGUCAAAAAGAUCGAGGGGGUACAGUGUGUGUGGAACGAGAUCUCGUCUCUGCGUGUGACCGUCCCUCUGUCACUCUUCUGUCUGGAGGCUGUGAGGCUCCACCAGGAUCUGUGUGACCGCACGGAGAACCUGAAACACCUGCUCAUCACCUACGAGCUGGAGGAGAACCGGCAACUCAACCAGAGUAUCUGUCAGAGGUACCAGCAGAUUGUGGACACAGUGAUGAGUGUACCAGCCAACACAGAAGAACUGGUGGAGCUCAGUCAGUUCCUGAAACACACCAGCGAUGUGACUGUACACACACUGCGUGAUGAAAUUAGUGAAGCGGCCGAGCGCCUGAGCUUCCUGCUGGACUACGCCUCGCUCACCGGUGAUGAUUUUAAGCUGAACAGCAGAGUGUUCCACUGGCCGGAGCAGAUCCGUAAUGUGUGUGAGGUCCAUCAGGACAAACUGGCCAAUCAGAGAGAUCAUGUUGAGGACCAACUGCGCAAGAGGAUUGCAGAGCUGGAACACACACUGCAGGGUGUAUCUAAAGACAUGGAAGUGUUUAAGAAGAGAGAAGUGAUGAGCGUGGAGGAGAUGAAGAACAACGUGGAGAAGCUCAGCGGGAUCACGGCACGCCUGGAGAACGCCAACACACAACUUGAGUGCAUUAAUAAGGAGGAGUGUUUGCUGGAAAAAGAGCCGACUCAGUUCCCCCUGCUGCAGACCAUCAUGACCAUCAAACAGCCAUACGAUCAGCUGUGGAGCACGGCUCUGAACUUCCACACCAAAUCAGACGUCUGGAUGAACGGCCCCUUCAUGGAGCUGAAUGCAGAGCAGAUCUCUGAUGAUCUGUCGAACAUGUACAGACACAUGUACAAGCUGAAGAAGGGUUUCUCUGAGGUCGCGGCUCCACGUCGAGUGGCAGACAGCUUCUGCACCAAAAUCCAGAAGUUCAAGCAGCACCUGCCUGUCCUGAGCACCAUCUGUAACCCUGGCAUUAAAGCCCGCCACUGGGAAAAGAUCAGCGGCAUUGUGGGAUUUGAUGUAAAGCCAGACGCACACACGUCUCUCCUCAACAUGCUGGAGCUCGGCCUGCCCAAAUAUGCCGACAAGUUAGAGGAGAUCAGUGCGUCUGCCAGUAAGGAGUAUUCUCUGGAGAAAGCUUUAGAAAAGAUGAAGAACGAGUGGACAGAGCUCCAGUUCGACUUCACACAAUACAGAGACACGGGUACAAGUGUUGUCUCUUCAGUGGAUGACAUUCAGGUGUUGUUGGACGAUCACAUCAUUAAGACACAAACAAUAAAGGGAUCUCCGUUCAUCAAACCCAUUGAGGCGGAGUGCAAGGAAUGGGAGGAGAAGCUGUUGCAGGUGCAGGACAUUUUGGAUGCCAUGCUGAAGUGUCAGUCCUCUUGGCUGUACCUGGAGCCCAUCUUCAGCUCAGAGGACAUCAUCGCGCAGAUGCCCGAGGAGGGCCGCAAGUUCAGCAUCGUCGACACCUGCUGGAGGGACAUGGUCACUGAAGUGUUAAAGGACACACACGUGUUAGUGGCCACAGCGCAGCCCAACAUGCUGGAGCGUCUGCACGACUCAAACAUCUUCCUGGAGGAAAUUCAGCGUGGUCUGAACACCUACUUGGAGGAAAAAAGACUCUACUUUCCCAGGUUCUUCUUCCUCUCUAACGACGAGCUGCUGGAGAUCCUGUCUGAGACCAAGGAUCCUCAGCGCGUCCAGCCCCACCUGAAGAAGUGCUUCGAGGGAAUCGCUAAGCUGGAGUUCACCUCAGAGCUCGAGAUCACCGGGAUGAUCAGCUCCGAGAGAGAGACCGUCCCCUUCACACACCCCAUCUACCCUGCUAAGGCCAAGGGCAUGGUUGAGAAGUGGCUCCUGGAGGUAGAGCACAUGAUGCUGAGGAGCGUGAGAGAUGUCAUACAAGGCGGGUUAGAGCAGUACCCUGAGGUCCCCAGGAAGAAGUGGGUGUUGCAGUGGCCUGGUCAGGUAGUGAUCUGUGCUUCCUCCAUUUUUUGGACCAGUGAGGUGUCUAACGCUAUACAGAACAAUACUCUGCGUGCCUACGUGGAUCAGUGUAACGCUCAGAUUGCAGACAUUGUUGAGCUGGUCAGGGGGAAACUCUCAGGAGGAGCUAGACUCACACUGGGAGCUCUAACUGUUAUUGAUGUGCAUGCACGUGACGUGGUGGUGAAGCUGGCGCAGGACGGCGUGUCGUCUCUAAACGACUUCCAGUGGAUUUCACAGCUGAGAUAUUACUGGGAGGGAAGUGAGGUCAUGCUGAGGAUGAUCACCACCGAGGUCACAUACGGAUACGAGUACUUGGGGAACUCACCACGACUCGUCAUCACCCCGCUCACAGACCGCUGCUACAGGACGCUGAUGGGAGCUCUGAAGCUGAAUCUGGGAGGAGCUCCGGAGGGACCUGCAGGAACAGGAAAAACGGAGACCACCAAAGACCUGGCCAAGGCUCUGGCCAAACAGUGCGUGGUGUUUAAUUGCUCAGAUGGUCUGGAUUAUAAAGCGAUGAGUAAGUUCUUUAAAGGUUUGGCUCAGUCUGGAGCGUGGGCCUGCUUCGAUGAGUUCAACCGCAUUGAGGUGGAGGUGUUAUCAGUGGUGGCUCAGCAGGUGUUGAGUAUUCAGCAGGCCAUAGCGAAGAAUCUGAAGCGGUUCAUGUUUGAGGGAACCGAGCUCUCGCUGAACCCAACCUGCUGCGUCUUCAUCACCAUGAACCCAGGAUACGCCGGCCGAGCAGAGCUGCCUGAUAACCUUAAAGCUCUGUUCCGUACAGUAGCCAUGAUGGUGCCAGAUUACGCACUGAUUGGAGAGAUAUCCCUCUACUCCAUGGGCUUCAUUCAGUCCCGCAGCCUGGCACAGAAGAUCGUAGCGACGUAUCGCCUGUGUUCGGAGCAGCUCUCCUCACAGCACCACUACGACUACGGCAUGCGAGCCGUCAAAUCGGUGCUGACCGCGGCGGGGAACCUGAAACUGAAGUUCCCACAGGAGGACGAGAGCGUUCUGCUGCUCAGAGCACUCAUGGACGUCAACAUGGCCAAAUUCCUGGCCCAGGACGUCCCUCUCUUCCAGGGUAUAAUAUCAGAUCUGUUUCCCGGUGUGGUGUUGCCGAAGCCCGAUUAUGAGUUAUUGCUAAAAGCUGUACAUGAGAACAUCAUCAAACUCAAACUGCAGCCUGUUCCCUGGUUCAUCAGCAAGAUCAUACAGGUGUAUGAGAUGAUGCUGGUGAGGCAUGGUUUCAUGAUUGUUGGUGAACCGCUCGGAGGGAAAACCUGUGCGUAUAAAGUUUUAGCGGGAGCUCUGAGAGACCUGUAUGAGGGAGGUCUGAUGGAGGAGUUUGCGGUAGAUUUCCGUAUCAUUAACCCAAAGGCCAUCAGCAUGGGUCAGCUGUACGGCCGUUUCGACCCGGUGAGUCACGAGUGGACAGACGGCGUGCUGGCCACAGUGUUCCGGGAGCAGGCUCAGUCCACCGCUGAAGACCGGCAGUGGAUGGUGUUCGACGGACCGGUCGAUGCCGUGUGGAUCGAAAACAUGAACACCGUACUCGAUGACAACAAAAAGUUGUGUCUGAUGAGCGGUGAGAUUAUCCAGAUGAGUCCUAAGAUGAGUCUGAUCUUUGAGCCGGCCGACCUGGAGCAGGCCUCACCGGCUACUGUCAGCAGGUGUGGUAUGAUCUACAUGGAGCCCCAUCAACUAGGCUGGACUCCACUCAGGGACUCUUACAUGGACACACUCCCAGACAGCUUGUCACCAGAACACCAUGAACUGAUUGUGGAUCUGUUUGAUUGGCUGGUUCAGCCGUGUUUGGACUUCAUCGCCCGUAAUUGCCGUUUCCUGGUGCAAACUUCACCCAUGCACCUCACCUAUAGCCUCAUGCGCCUGUAUUCCUGUCUGCUCGAUGAGAUUGCGGCCGUGGGUCAGGAAGGGGCGGAGCCUAUGUCCAGUCAGCAGAUGACCAUGUGGCUGCAGAGCCUUUUCCUAUUGGCUAUGGUGUGGACAGUGGGCGGGACUAUAAACGGUGACAGCAGGAAGAGGUUUGAUGUCUUUUACAGGAAUCUGCUCACAGGAACGAUGGACGAGUACCCGAGACCCAAAAGUGUCAAACUCACCAAGAACAAUGUGUUCCCAGAGAGAGGUUCGGUGUAUGAUUAUUAUUUCCAUAAGCAGGGAUCAGGACAGUGGCACACAUGGACCGAGUCCAUCAGCAAAGAGGAGAGCACCAUACCACCUGGAGCAAAUGUGUCUGAUCUGAUCAUUCCCACCAUGGAGACGGCACGUCAGUUCUUCUUCUUGAGGACGUACCUGUCUCACCAGGUGCCCCUGCUCUUCGUGGGGCCUACAGGAACCGGGAAAUCCAUCAUCAACUCCAACUUCCUGAUGUCUCUGCCUAAAGAGCAGUACACACCCAACUGCCUCAACUUCUCCGCCCGCACCUCCGCCAACCAGGUGCAGGACAUCAUCAUGGCCAAGCUGGACCGGCGCCGGAAAGGUGUGUUCGGACCAGCGCCGGGGAAGAAGUGCGUCGUCUACGUGGAUGACCUGAACAUGCCUGCAAAGGAGGUUUACGGAGCUCAGCCCCCCAUCGAGCUGCUGCGGCAGUGGAUUGAUCAUCGGCACUGGUACGACAAGAAGGACACGUCCAGGCUGGACAUCGUAGACGUGCUGUUUAUCUCCGCCAUGGGGCCCCCCGGUGGAGGGAGGAAUGAUAUCACAGGUCGUUUUACACGUCACCUGAACAUUGUCUCCAUCGACUCAUUUGAUGAUGAGACUCUGAGUAAGAUCUUCACCUCCAUCACCGACUGGCACUUCAGCACAGGAUUUGACACAUCCUUCUAUAGGCUGGGGAAGAUCCUUGUUCAGGCCACUAUGGCGGUGUAUAAGGAUGCGAUGGAGCGUUUCCUGCCCACUCCGUCUAAAUCUCACUACAUAUUCAACCUCAGAGACUUCGCCAGGGUUAUUAAAGGAGUGCUGCUGUGCCCACACACACACAUGCAGGAUGGUGAUAAACUGAUCAGGUUGUGGAUCCAUGAGGUUUACCGUGUCUUCUACGAUCGUCUGAUCGACAGCGAGGACAGAAAGAUGUUCUUCAACAUCGUCCGAGAGAGAACAGCAGCCUACUUCAAACAGACCCUGGAUAAGCUCCUGUGCCAUCUCUCUCUGAGUGGUACAGUGACAGAUGAUAACAUAAGAUCCCUCUUUUUUGGUGACUAUGCCACACCGGAUUCAGACACGAGCAGGACUUAUGAUGAGAUCCGAGACCUUUGCUCACUCACCAGUGUCAUGGAUCAUCACCUGCAGGAGUUUAACAGUAUGAGCACGGCCCCAAUGAGCCUCGUCAUGUUCCAGUUCGCCAUCGAGCACAUCUCCCGCAUCUGCCGUGUGCUGAAGCAGGACAACGGCCACUUGCUCCUCGUGGGCAUCGGCGGAUCCGGCCGCAGCAGCGCCGCCAAACUGGCCACCUUCAUCAGCCAGUACGAGCUCUUCCAAAUCGAGCUCACCAAGAACUACGGCAGGGCCGAGUGGAGGGAUGACCUGAAGCGCGUGAUGACCAAGGCCGGGGUGGAGGGGAAAAAGACCACGUUUCUCUUAGGGGAUGGACAGAUGAAGGAUGAGAUGUUUGUGGAGGACGUGAACACGCUUCUAAACACCGGAGACGUACCCAACAUGUUCGCACAGGAUGAGCGUGCUGAAAUCGUGGAGAAGAUGCAUAGCGUCGCCAAGAAUGAGGGGAGAAAAAUCGACGCCACGCCCCUCUCUAUGUACAACUUCUUCAUCGACAGGGUCAAAGAGAACCUGCACAUCGUCCUGGCGAUGAGCCCGAUCGGCGACGCGUUUCGGAACCGUCUGCGCAUGUUCCCAUCUCUGAUUAACUGCUGCACGAUCGACUGGUUCCAGGCGUGGCCUACAGACGCACUGGAGAUGGUCGCUAACAAAUUCCUGGAAGACGUAGAGCUGGAGAAUCACAUCAGGAGAGAGGUGGUGGAGAUGUGUAAGACAUUUCAGGAGAGUGUGCAGAAGCUUUCCGAGCAAUACUACUCACAGCUGCGCAGACAUAAUUACAUCACUCCCACCUCCUACCUAGAGCUGAUCCUCACCUUCAAGACACUUCUGAAGGCCAAGCGCAAUGAGGUGGACACGUUCAGGAACCGCUACCUGAUUGGCCUGGACAAACUUGACUUUGCUGCAUCACAGGUGGCAGUGAUGCAGCAGGAGCUGACUGCUCUUCAGCCUGAGCUGAUCCGAACCUCGGCUGAGACGGAUGAGAUGAUGGUGAAGAUCGAGAAGGAGACGAUAGAGGUGGACGCGAAGAAAGAGCUUGUCGCCGCCGAUGAGAAAAUAGCCAAUGAGGCUGCGGCAGCUGCAAAAGCCAUUAAGGAUGAGUGUGAAGGAGACCUUGCAGAAGCAAUGCCAGCACUGGAAGCAGCUCUUUCGGCUCUCGACACGCUGAAACCUGCUGACAUCACCGUGGUAAAGUCCAUGCAGAACCCUCCUGGUGCUGUUAAACUCGUCAUGGAGUCCAUCUGUGUAAUGAAGGGCAUCAAACCCGAGAGGAAACCCGAUCCUGGAGGUUCCGGUAAGAUGAUUGAGGAUUAUUGGGGUCCGUCCAAGAAGCUGCUGGGAGACUUAAAGUUCCUGGAAAGCCUCAAAGCCUUUGACAAAGACAACAUCCCUGCCGCCAACAUCAAGAAAAUCCGUGAGAAGUUUAUUGAUAAUCCUGAUUUUCAACCUGUGCUGAUCAAAAACGUCUCGUCUGCCUGUGAGGGUUUGUGCAAGUGGGUCCGGGCCAUGGAGGUGUACGAACGGGUUGCCAAAGUGGUGGCCCCAAAGAAAGAGAGGCUCUGCAAGGCAGAGGAAGAGCUGGCAGUUCAAAUGAAAACUCUUGCAGUGAAGCGUGGCGAGCUGAAAGCUGUGCAGGACCGUCUGUGCUCUCUGAAUGACACGUUUGCUGCAAUGAUGCAGAAGAAAAAGGACCUAGAAGAUAAUAUCGAGCUGUGCUCACAGAAACUGAUCCGGGCUGAGAAGCUGAUCGGUGGACUGGGAGGAGAAAAGGACAGGUGGACAGAAGCGGCACGACUCCUGGGAAUCAAAUACACUAACCUGACCGGGGAUGUGCUCCUUUCUUCAGCCACAGUGUCAUACCUGGGAGCUUUUACCGUGGAUUACCGGGUGGAAUGCCAGCGGGAAUGGCAUAAGAUUUGCAUGGAAAGGAAAGUGCCAUGUUCUGAAUACUUCACACUUAGCAACACCCUUGGCAAUCAAGUCCUGAUCCGGGCAUGGCGGAUCGCUGGGUUACCCGUAGACUCUUUCUCCACAGACAAUGGCAUCAUUGUGUCAAAUUCACGCCGCUGGCCACUCAUGAUAGACCCUCAGGGACAGGCCAACAAGUGGAUCAAGAACAUGGAGAAGGCCAACAAGCUGGCCAUCAUCAAGCUCUCUGAUAGCAACUAUGUGCGAACCUUAGAAAACGCCAUCCAGUUUGGAACCCCUGUCCUCCUGGAGAACGUGGGUGAGGAGCUGGAUGCUAUUCUAGAGCCAGUUCUUCUGAAGCAGACUUUCAAGCAGCAGGGUGUAGAAUACCUGAAGCUGGGCGAGAACAUCAUUGAAUAUUCCCAAGACUUCCGUUUCUAUAUGACCACUGGGUUGAGGAACCCACACUACCUGCCUGAAGUGGCCGUGAAGGUGUGUUUGCUGAAUUUUAUGAUCACACCUCUUGGGCUGCAAGACCAGCUUCUCGGCAUUGUGGCUGCUAAAGAGAAACCAGAACUGGAGGAAAAGAAAAACCAACUCAUCCUCGAGAGUGCAGCCAACAGCAAGCAGCUUAAAGAGAUCGAGGACAAGAUACUGGAAGUUCUCUCCUCAUCCCAAGGGAACAUCCUGGAAGAUGAGACAGCUAUCAAGGUGCUGUCGUCCUCCAAGGUCCUGUCUGAGGAGAUCUCGGAGAAGCAGAAGAUCGCGAGUGAAACAGAGCAGGAGAUAGACAGAACGAGGAUGGGCUAUCGCCCCGUGGCCGAGCACUCAUCCAUCCUUUUCUUCUGCAUCUCUGAGCUGGCCAACAUUGAGCCAAUGUACCAGUACUCGCUCGCAUGGUUUAUCAGUCUCUAUCUUCACUCCAUUGCUCAAAGUGCACCAAGCGAAGACUUAACUACUCGCAUUGCUCACAUCCUCGAGCACUUCACCGUCAGCGUCUACAACAAUGUGUGCCGCUCGCUCUUUGAGAAGGACAAGCUGCUCUUCUCACUGCUUCUCACUGUCGGAAUCAUGCAAGGCAAAGGUCAAAUCAAUGACCUCAUCUGGCGCUUCCUGCUCACCGGCGGUAUUGCACUUGACAAUCCACACCUAAACCCCGCCCCUGAGUGGCUGUCGGACAAAGCGUGGUCAGAGGUGGUCCGAGCCUCAAAGCUCCCAAGCCUUGAAGGUCUCUUUGAAGAUGUACGUGAAAACAUGGCUGAGUGGAAGCAGGUUUACGACUCAAGCUGCCCGCACGAGGAGUGCUUCCCAGGCAAAUGGCACACCCUGGUGGGCAUGGCGCGUAUGGCAGUGCUGCGCUGCUUCCGGCCUGAUAAAAUCGUUCCUGCUGUGCAGCAGUUCAUCGUGGAGAACAUGGGACGCACCUACAUCGAACCGCCGACGUUCGACCUGGCAAAAAGCUACAGUGACUCCAACUGCUGCUCGCCGCUAAUCUUUAUACUCUCACCAGGGUCGGAUCCCACCGCAGUGUUGUUGAAGUUUGCAGAAGAUGUGAAUAUGGGGGGCAGUAAGACCCAGGCUGUGUCACUUGGUCAGGGACAGGGCCCUGUCGCUGCUAACAUCAUCAACUCUGCUCUUAGCAACGGAACGUGGGUUGUUCUACAAAACUGUCAUCUAGCAACCAGCUGGAUGCCAACGCUGGAGAAGAUCUGUGAGGAGGUGAUCACGCCUGAGAAAACACACCCUGAUUUCAGGCUGUGGUUGACCAGUUACCCGUGUGAGAAGUUUCCGGUCAGUAUCCUGCAGAAUGGAGUGAAGAUGACUAACGAGCCUCCUAAAGGUCUGAGAGCCAAUCUGCUGCGCUCCUACCUCACUGACCCACUGUGUGACCCCGCCUUCUUUAACAGCUCCACCCAACCCCAUGCCUGGAGGAAGCUGCUCUUUGGCCUCUGCUUUUUCCACGCACUCGUGCAGGAGAGGAGAACCUACGGCCCGCUAGGCUGGAAUAUCCCUUAUGAGUUUAAUGAGUCGGAUCUGAGGAUCAGCGUGCGUCAGAUUCAGAUGUUCCUGGAUGAGUAUGAGGAGAUUCCUCUUGAGGCACUGACUUACCUGACUGGCGAGUGUAAUUAUGGUGGCAGGGUGACUGAUGAUAAGGAUCGCAGGCUUCUGCUCUCGCUGCUCUCCACCUUCUACAGCUCUGAGCUCAUACAGCAGGACAGAUACAGAGUGUGUGAGGGAGACAUGUACUAUGUACCACCGCAUGGACCCUACCAGAGUUACGUCGACUACAUCCGCAGCCUGCCGAUCACAGCCGAGCCUGGGGUCUUCGGUCUCCACAGCAACGCUGACAUCACCAAGGACAACCAGGAGACCAAUCAGCUUUUAAACGGAGUGUUACUCACCCUGCCCAGGCAAACAGGGGGCGGGGCCAAAUCUCCUCAGGAAGUGGUGGAUGAGUUGGCAGAGGACAUCAUGUCAAAGUUGCCACCAGAUUUCAACAUUGAGAAGGUGAUGUCUAAGUAUCCGGUGAUGUACGAGGAGUCCAUGAACACCGUACUGCGGCAGGAGAUCAUCCGCUUUAACAGGUUGACGGAGGUGGUUCGCAGCAGCCUGGUCAAUAUCCGGAAGGCUCUAAAGGGGCAGGUGGUGAUGUCCUCAGAGCUGGAGAACGUUUUUAACAGCAUGCUGGUGGGGAAAGUUCCAGCCGUUUGGGCCGCUAAAUCCUACCCAUCACUCAAACCUCUCGGUAGCUACGUCUCUGACCUGCUGUCCAGACUGCACUUCCUACAGGAGUGGAUAGAUAACGGACCUCCAGCGGUGUUCUGGCUCUCCGGGUUCUACUUCACACAGUCCUUCCUCACUGGAGUGUCUCAGAAUUUUGCACGCAAAUACACCAUCCCCAUCGACUACAUCGGCUUUGAGUUUGAGGUGAUGAAGCAGGAGAAUGAGAUGGAGGUAAAGCCUGAGGACGGUGCGUACGUUCGUGGUUUGUUCCUGGAGGGAGCUCGGUGGGAUCGGGAGCACAGGGUCAUCGGAGAAUCGCUUCCCAAAAUCCUUUUCGACUCGUUGCCCAUCAUCUGGCUGAAGCCUGGAGAGAGCAGCGGAUUCCUGCACCAGAGCGUGUACGUGUGUCCCGUGUACAAAACGAGUGCGAGGAGAGGCACGCUGUCCACCACCGGACACUCCACCAACUACGUCCUGUCCAUCGAGCUGCCCUCGGACCGGCCGCAGAAACACUGGAUCAACCGCGGGGUGGCUGCUCUCUGCCAGCUGGACGACUGAGUACACACACACACACACACACACACACACACACACACACACACACACACAAUACAUACAUCAGCACUACUAUAUAGUAUAUGCAUACAUUUACACACACACACACACACACACACACGCGCGUACACAUAUGUACACUACAGUAACAUGUUUACGGUGCUGGGGAUAAUAAACGUAUAUAAAUCUUCCUGUGUAAACUCUUAUUGCUCUAGUUCCGUGGUGUUCUAGAAGUUUUGGAUGUCUGAGGACAUCUGAUGCUCUAUUCCAGUAUCUAGCACCGUUAUAAGGUCCUGGAUUCAUACAGGAAACAUUACUCACGCUCAAAUGAUAAUAUCUGAAAGUGUGUUUUUGCUUUAUUCUGUUUAUUUAUUUAUUAAGUUUAUUCUGAUAAAAUUCUACUCUGUUCUAUUCUUCUGCAUGUAAUACAUUUUGAUAUGCAAAUGAGCGGUGAUUCAGUCACUGGACACAUUAAUCUAUGACACCCUCUGGUGACUUGUUGUGACCUCUUGAGCAUGGAUUAGCUAGUUUCUCCUGAACCUGUGUAGAGCUGCAUUGCUUUAAACACGUCCUCUGCAUGAUGUCUCUCAGGACACGGCCGCUGUGUGAGACAGGCAAACAAACAGUACACCACCAUGGUGCAGGACAAGCUAAACCUGCAGCUCAACAUUUACAAGUUUCUUUUAACUUUUUAAAACAAUAAUAAGUGACUGAUUUAAAUCUAAAAAGGACAAGCAGAAGAAUACAAACAGAAACAGUCGUGUUCAGUAGAAGCACAGUAUGUUAAGAGUCCCACCUAAACUUCUUUACUGUUAUCUACAAACUCAUUGUUCUAAACACUACAACACAAUAAACAACCUGACACGCU